AUGAGCUCGCCUCGUCUCUAUCAGGACGCUCCUGGCCUCGAGCUGCAAAACGACGUUGUCGCAUCCGUCGAACAUGCGCAUCCCGUGACGGAAUCUCGGCCGCAACAGGCGCAGGGACAGCAAUCUCCCAGCACUUCGCAAACAACUCAGCGCUACGGCACAGAAAGUACAAAGGCAGACCAGGAGGCGACACAGACAGACAUCGAAGCAGCAAUGGGUGUUCCGCACAUGGAUCAGCGAACGAGUGGAUCCACUUCGUCCACGGGCGAACAACAUACGCUCCACCCUACCGAGUCGUACGGACAGCGUCUGACACGCGUCUUGACCGGCGAUGCGCACACGCACAACGAUGCAUACCAGACCGACGAUGACGAUGCUACUGCUGCUGCUGCUGCGAGUAAGAGGGAGCGCUCGCGCAAGAGGAGAUUGCUGCCAUCAAUAAUGCGUCAACGACAUCGAAGCGGAAGCAAGAGGCCCAAGCCGUCGAGUACAAGGCAGAGGGCGGAAGAGCUGGCCGCCAUGGCAGAUUCCGAAAAGGCGGCUCGAUCCAAAGCAGCAACAACUGGCGGUGGCGACGCAGGCCCUGCUAGAACAAGGUCGACUGAUGCGAGCAGCGAGCCGGCACGCAUCAAGAUGGUUGGUGAAGACGGCAAGCCGAUGCGACGGCACGGCAUCAAGGAACGCGUGCUGCAUUUCACUCCAUCCUGGUUCUCAGUGACGAUGGGCACAGGCGUAGUAGCUACCUUGCUCAACCUUCUCCCGUGGCCAUCGAUCCAUUCUGGCCUGCGGUACCCUGCCGUAUGCUUCCUGUUCGCGGACAUCAUCAUCUUCAUCCUCUUCCUCUGCGCCUUCUUCGCCAGGUACCUCAUGUACCCGGAAGUGGUGCCGCUGACCAUCAAGCAUCCGCAAAAGUCCAUGUUCUUGGGAACCUUGCCCAUGGGCCUCAUCACCAUCAUCAGCGGGAUCGCGCAGCUGGGCACCAAGGAGUUCGAGCUUGGCAUCGGCUUCGCUCUAGCAGCAAGCGGAUUGUGGUGGGGCGCCACGGCGUUGAGUCUGCUAACUGCAAUCGGAGUGCCGUUCAGCAUGAUGACGUACCAGAAGCACUAUUUCGAGGGCAUCACUGCGGCACUGUUGCUGCCCAUCGUUCCGCCUAUCACUGCCGCGGCGACAGGCAGCGUAAUCGCCGAGAUCCUGAUGCACAGGUAUCCAACGUACGCGUUUACCAUCAUGGUGGUGAGCUACCUCGUCCUCGGCAUCGGGCUGCCGCUGGCGCUGCUCAUCCUGGUACUCUACUUUCAGCGUUUGCUGCUAUUCAAGAGUCCACCGCGCGAUGUCAUCAUCUCGGUCUUCCUGCCGCUGGGGCCGUGCGGCCAGGGCGGCGAAGCGUGUCUGCAUCUAGGCAAAGUAGCCCUGCAUCUGUUCCCCACCAUCUCGACCCCCGCUUCCUCUUCAGGAGUGCCACAGCUAUUCUCAGUCGGUCAAGCGCUGUACGGCGCCGGGCUCAUCUCGGCGAUGCUGCUGUUCGGGUUGGGCAUCUGGUGGCUCGCCAUUGGGGUGUUUACCAUCAUCCGCGAGCUGAAGCGAGGCAAGCUCGGGUUCAAUAUGGGCUGGUGGGGGUUGACGUUCCCUUUUGCCAGUCUGGCCAUCUGCACGGCGAGGCUGGCGAUCGAGUUAGAUAGCUUGACGCUUAAGAUUGUGUAUACGGCGUUUGUGAUCGCCAAUAUCUUGUUGUGGCUGUAUGUAGCGAUUCCGACGGCGAGGGGCGCUUGGACGGGGAGGCUCUUCAAUGCUCCUUGUCUUGCGGAUCUUCCACUCAAGCCGUGA